AUGUCUGAGCAGACUUGGGAAGCCCCACCUGAAGGCUCUCUCUGCUGGAUAGAGAUUCCAGCUCGGAAUGCUGAGAAAGUUAGAGAUUUCUACAUCGCCCUCUUCCCUUCUUGGAAGUUCAAGGAGGAGCAGAGCGAGCAAGACGAUGGCACUGUGGUAUACCAGUAUACCUUUGAGCGCCCUGAACGACUGGGCGGCGGCAUCGUACAGAUGCCCAAGGACUGCCCUGAGCAUAGCCAAAGCAUGGGCGCAGGCUACACCAAUUACUACAUGGUGGACGAUGUGGACGAGGCCGUAGCUAGGGUCGAAAAGCUGGGUGGCAAGCUCGUGUUGCCGAAGCGCCCUCAAGGCAAGUCUGGCAUGUUUGCCAAUGUGGUUGAUGUUGAAGGGAAUAGGUUUGGUCUGUAUCAAUGGCUUGGAAACAAUCCAGCUUAG